GGAGUAGGAGGAAGAGGAAGAAGAGACUUUCCAAUGCUCUGCACCGACAGCCUCAGAACGAGCAGCCAGCAUUUUAAUCUGAAGGAACUAGAGCAGAGGAAGAAUGGAGGAUGAUGAACUUCCGUCAGCGGAUGGGUUGGUUGGGCGUGUUGCUCUUCCUGCUGCUCAGCGCCAUCUUGGUUUACUACGUAUUUGAGGUACAGAGCUUCAGUUUGGAGCUCGUUGAGAGGGGGGCGGGCGGCCCGUCCACCGCACCCCCGAUCAGCUGGUCUCAGAGCUUCGGGGGUCGUCUGCCUCCACUUCCUGUCUGGAUGUGGGCGUCGCUCUUCCUGCUUCCGUACCUGCAGCUCUUCCUCUUCCUGUUCUCCUGCACGAGAGCCGACCCUCGAGCCGUGGGAUACUGCGUACUUCCUGUCUGCCUCGCCCUGCUCUGUAGCCGCCACAACGCGCACAAGCCCACCACUCAGAGAGGCCCUCCACUCAUCGACACUUAGAGGGCCAAUCAGAGAGGCCCUCCACUCAUCGACACUUAAAGGACCAAUCAGAGGUCCUCCACUCAUCCACACUUAGACCAAUCAGAGAGGCCCUCCACUCAUCGACACUUAGAGGACCAAUCAGAGAAGCCCUCCACUCAUCGACACUUAGAGGACCAAUCAGAGAGGCCCUCCACUCAUCGACACUUAGAGGGCCAAUCAGAGAGGCCCUCCACUCAUCGACACUUAGAGGACCAAUCAGAGAAGCCCUCCACUCAUCGACACUUAGAGGACCAAUCAGAGAGGUUGAUGUUGAUCAGUAUUGGCUUAGGAUGGGCGUCACCACGCGUCUCAACCAAUGAGAGCAUAGGGGCAGGACUGCCUCAGCGCUCACAUGGAAACAGAAAGAAGUGGCGGGGACAGAAACAUGGAGGAAGGUAGUGAUGGCAAAUGAAGCAUCGAACCACUUGGACAAUUGUAUCGGAAAUAGGUUCAUUUCUCGAAGCUUCAGUUACAGCGACCUCUCCUGGUGAAGUGCAAGGCUGCAGUGGGUUUAAAGGAUCUUUGCCUUGAAAAAUAUUUGAUGCACACACACACACACUAAGACUGAAUAUUAUGUUCUAUUUGCAAUUAAAGAUUGGUCAUUGUGUGUAUUGGGUUAUUGAGAAGAGAGUGUUUGGGGGUGUAAUGAUGGCAGGGGGUGACUGUGUAAUGAUGGCAGGGGGUGACUGUGUAAUGAUGGCAGGGGUGACUGUGUAAUGAUGGCAGGGGGGAUUGUGUAAUGAUGGCAGGGGGGGAUUGUGUAAUGAUGGCAGGGGGUGACUGUGUAAUGAUGGCAGGGUGACUGUGUAAUGAUGGCAGGGGGUGACUGUGUAAUGAUGGCAGGGUGACUGUGUAAUGAUGGCAGGGUGACUGUGUAAUGAUGGCAGGGGGUGACUGUGUAAUGAUGGCAGGGUGACUGUGUAAUGAUGGCAGGGGGUGACUGUGUAAUGAUGGCAGGGUGACUGUGUAAUGAUGGCAGGGUGACUGUGUAAUGAUGGCAGGGGGUGACUGUGUAAUGAUGGCAGGGGGUGACUGUGUAAUGAUGGCAGGGUGACUGUGUAAUGAUGGCAGGGUGACUGUGUAAUGAUGGCAGGGUGACUGUGUAAUGAUGGCAGGGGGUGACUGUGUAAUGAUGGCAGGGGGUGAUUGUGUAAUGAUGGCAGGGUGACUGUGUAAUGAUGGCAGGGGGUGACUGUGUAAUGAUGGCAGGGUGAUUGUGUAAUGAUGGCAGGGGGUGACUGUGUAAUGAUGGCAGGGUGACUGUGUAAUGAUGGCAGGGGGUGACUGUGUAAUGAUGGCAGGGUGACUGUGUAAUGAUGGCAGGGGGUGACUGUGUAAUGAUGGCAGGGUGACUGUGUGGGGAACACUCAAAGAUCUUUGAGGUAAUUAUUCUUUGUAUUUUUCUAAAGGCAUUUCUUUGUCCGGCGAGGGCCUUUUAUCAGUUACAGUAUUAAAGUUGAAAAGCGGGCAAUGAUUAAAAGUUCGUCCAUUCCAGGAUUUGAACCAGUUGCGGAGGACAUCGCCGCAUGCGGGCCGCCGGCUCUAUCCACUGGGCCAUCUAUUCUUUCAACUACUGAACUUUUUUUUAAUACUCUGACUUUGUUCACAACGACCUAUCUUUCUUCCUGGCUUGCUCUAUAAUGAUCCAAUACAAAUGCAAUACCAACAACAACCCACACAUUUGAAACCGUCUCAACCUGUCACCCGUCACCCGUCAGAAUCGAGGCGAGGCAUUGGAUCACCUGAUUGGACGGCGAACCAGUGAGUUGAUUCAUUCAGGAAAUGAAGCAGUUGCUGCUUCCGACGUCAUGUCACGUGAUUUGAAGCAAGCUUCGAAGCACGGCUUCUAUGGAAUAGGAAGUCCAGGGUUUGAAGCACGUAUCGAAGCUUCAGAGUCAAACUGCCAUCACUAGAGGAAGCACAUUUCACAUCUCUUCAGACGGAGUUGAUAGAAGGUUAUUUGUAGCCACUGGACUCGGAGGGGAACUGUUUUCUAGUUAACGCCCUGGCAAAUAGCUUUGGUUUUAUAUUUGAUUACAUCAAUUAAUGUUUAAGAUUUACAAUACACAUUUUAACUGCUGCUGUGCAAAGGGAAUACUGCUGUUAAAAAGCACCUUAUUGUUUAAAGUGUUUGCAAACCAAAUGUUAUUGUACUUUUGUUCAUAAAGCAGUACUUUUAAAUAAAAGUGAGCAAUACACUA